UCCCCCGUCUCCUCUUGUACAACCCCCAACGUUCAACAAGCAGACAACGUUCGCUUCGGCGUGAGGAUCGAAGUUUGGUCGCCGCCUCGUUCCUUAAAUCCCCCCUCUCUCUGUCUCUUCGUGGGAGAUCGCGUAGAAUCGGAAGAGGAAGAGGAAGAGGAAGAGAUGGAGGGCGACGACACGGCGGGACCGGCGACGUGCGCGGCGUGGAUCCGGGGACCGGAGAAGCGGCUGCUGGUGGUGAUGGGAAGGGCGAGGAAUCACUCCUGCCCUCCCGUGAUCGACAUCAUCGAGUUCGACCCCAAGACCGCUUCUCUCUCCCCCGAUCCCCUGGCGAGGUUCGUGAUCAGGGAUGAGGAGGGAGGCGACCCACUGGGGAUCGCGGUGCACCCUAGUGGGGACGAGUUCGUUUGCUCCACCGCCAGCGGCUGCAGAUUAUAUGACUUAGAUUAUCACAAUUUGGGUAUAAAGAUCCUAGUCAAGGAUCUUCCAGCUAUCCAGUCCAUUGGCACUCAGAAAUGUCUGGCAUUUAGUACAGAUGGUUUGAAAUUUGCUGUUGGUGGAGAAGAUGGACAUCUUAGAAUAAUUCAUUGGCCAACAUUGAAUUUGCUCUUAGAUGAGCCAAAAGCUCACAACUCUUUUAGAGACAUGGAUAUCAGCUUAGACUCAGAAUUCUUAGUUUCAACAUCUACUGAUGGUUCUGCAAGAAUAUGGAAGAUAGCUGAGGGUGUUCCAUUAGCCUCAUUAACUCGCACUGCAGAUGAGAAGAUUGAGUGUUGCCGAUUUUCUAGAGAUGGAACAAAACCCUUCUUAUUUUGCACUGGCCAAAAAGGUAAUAAAGCGGUAACUACAGUAUGGGAUAUUAGUACAUGGAACAGAAUUGGUUAUAAGAAGCUAAUGGGAAAGCCUAUUUCUGUUCUUUCAAUUAGCUUGGAUGGGAAGUACCUUGGACUUGGCAGCAAAGAUGGUGAUAUGUGUGUAGUCGAAGUGAACACAAUGUCAAUUUCUCACUUGAGUAAGAAGCUUCAUCUAGGCACUCCCAUUUCAUUGAUGGAAUUUGCUCCUAAAGAAAGGGUUGUUAUUUCUACUUCCAGUCAAUGGGGGUUCAAGCUCACCAAACUCAAUGUACCUGCAGAUUGGAAAGAGUGGCAGAUCUACUUGAUAUUGGUGGGCCUCUUUUUGGCUUCACUAAUCGUGUUCUAUAUAUUGUAUGAGAAUUCUGAUUCAUUCUGGAACUUCCCUCUUGGCAAAGACCAACCUGGAAGAUUUCGACCAGUGGCCUUCACCGAUUCUCAACCUUCAGACGAUGGCCCCUGGUGAGGACUCGAGACUCAUGUCAAGUUCGGUCCAAGACUCACAAUAGCCUACCUAUCUCAAUAUCCUCUAAAUUGUUGCACUCGAGUGUUUUCAUUUAUGCAAAUGGUCCAGAGAUUGAUUGCCAACGCCUAAGGUAAUUUUAUUUUUUCAUGGAGACUAUUCAGGGAUAAACAAGGGCAAUGCCUGCCAUGGCACUGUUAGUGGGUUCACCCUCUGGAGGAAUGAAAUCUCACACAUAUUUUUCAAUACAAAAUAUUAAGUUUAAUUUGACUGAAA